ACCCAGUCAGGCAGCUGCGCGGACAGACUCUGGCUGUAGGUGGGGUCCUCGCUGCAGCUUGUAACGGUCGAAGUGGUGCGAGCCCCAGGCUUCAGGCCUACCCGACUGGGGAGAGAGAGAGAGAGAGAGAGAGAGAGAGAAAAGCGGGCCCCGCCCCCUGGGGCCGAGAGAGAGGGAGAGAGAGAAGCAGCCCCCGGGUCUCAGCCCAGUUCUCAGUCCCACCCCCCCCCAAGGGCUGUUGUCCCCCGAGCCCUGCCGCUUGGAGAUGGUCUCCGGCUGACAAUGGGCGGCAGCAGCUCCAAAGGCCGCACCUUCUGGCCCUUUGGAUCGGGCACCGUCAGCGACUCGGCCAACGGCGACAGCGAGCAGAGCCUGGCCCGCUACAGGAGUAGCCGGCUUGGGGCUACUCCUUUCGUCUUCAGCCGCAGGAGCUCGAUGUACUAUGAUGAAGAUGGCGAUUUGGCUCAUGAAUUCUAUGAAGAAACAUUUGUCACAAAGAAUGGAAGAAAAAAAGCAAAACUGAAAAGAAUUCAUAAAAAUUUAAUACCUCAGGGGAUGGUUAAACUGGACCAUCCGCGAAUCCAUGUGGAUUUCCCAGUGGUUUUAUGUGAGGUGUGACUGGAAUGCAAGUUUUCAUCAAUAAGACUGAUGCACUAUAGAUGACUGCAGCUGCUGAAUCCUCUUUGGUCCUUCAUUUCGGUGGUGGAAACUGGCCCAGUGAGCGUAUAGCAUCUGUUUCAUUUGCGUGUAGCUUUUCUGCUACAAGCCAAACUCUGAAACGUUUCCUCUGUGAAUAUAGGUAAUAUGUUGAAAAUUUAUCCUAAUUCAGUUAUAAACCCAGUCACAGUACAAAUAUACACUCAGAACUCUUGUGCUUUUUCAAGUAAUUGUGAUAGAUUACUGUGACCUAUGUUCAAAAACAAUGUAAAUAGUAGCUUUAAUUUAAUGCAGUCAUCAGGGAUAUUUAAACAUUUGAGUUCUGUAUAUACACAUCUGCACAGUGUUCAGCAGUAAAUAUAAUGGCAUAUCUAUGAAAGUUGAUUAGUUAUUUAUGAAAUUUUGUUCAAAAAUGUGCUUUAAUUUUCUCAUUCUAUGUAAUAAAACUUGCCAGUGACCCUG